AUGUUUACGCGGCGCAUGAUUUUGAUUUACGUGCUGUGGGCGCUAGGCACAGCCGUCUGCAGGGCGGACUUACCGCUAUUUUUUCCCACCUCUUCAGUGUAUCAAAUAACGGCUUGUUUCUCCGCGCCUGUUGUAAUACCGCAGCGCAAACUUUUCUGGGACUGGGGCAUGCAAAUGAACUACAAUCUGCCCUUUCAGCCGUCGAGCUUUUAUGCCAGCAAAAUAUGGGAGGAUCAGUUCGACAGACGCCACAGCCGUCAGCAGCGGCAGCUGCAGCAGCAGCAGCAAAAGUACUUGCCACAGGCGUCAGGCGAUGUGCAUCCCAGUGAUUUGACGGCAGGUGAACUCUACGAGAGCAUGGAGCAUAUGCUGACGCGCUAUGGCUUCGAUGAGAGCUGCCUGCUGCGCAGCGUUUGCGAGCUGGCGCGGCAUCCCUUCCACGAGCAGCAGCAGAAUAUGCUGACAGCGCUGCUCAGCUUUACACUAACUCCAUCAAUGCAUGAAGCGUUUGGCGCACAUGAGACGCUCUAUCGCGAGGUCUAUGAGCAGGCGGAGCAGCAAGGAUUUUUGGGCGCGAACUGUGCGCAGCUGUAUCCACACUGUGCUGUGGAUUUUCUAAGUGCCAUCAGCAAAUUAAUCAGCUGA